GUAAAGCUGACAUCAGAUUUUCCCUGGGACAAGGAGUCAACAUAACCUACAAUAUGGUGGUGGCUGAUGUUUCAUCGCCAAUUAUUCUAGGAUUUGAUUUCCUGAGAAGCUUUAAGGGAGUCUUGGAUGUUGUUGAGGGUACCUUGCUCCUGCAGGGGAAGAAAUUUCCUUGUGUAUUAGAGAGCAAUUUGCCUGUUUUAUGCUCCGUUGUAGUAGCAGAAACUGUGCAAAUACCCCCCAUGACAGAGAUGAUUAUCCCGGGAGAAGUAGAUUGUCCAGGUUUAGGAAGCACUCCUCUAUGCGUUGAGAUGUCUGAACAUUACCUCAACUUGGAUUCCGAGAUAUUACUGGCUAGAUGUGUCGUGGAUCCCAGUCAGCACCACGUCCCGCUGAGAGUGGCCAAUCUCAGUUUGGAGACCAAAGUUCUGCGAAAGAAUUCCGCCUUAGCUGUGGGUGAGGUAUUGGCCAUAUCGCACUCCACUGCUGUGGCGCCGGAUUCGCAGGAGUGUUCUGACCUGGAUGAUAGUGAAAGUUCUCCGACUAGUGCUGGUCCCACUUCCACUAGGACGUCUGUCUUGUGUGGAGAAGGCCAUCUAGAGGAAAGAGUGGACCCCAAGGUGGAUGAUGAUUCCCUUGGGUUGGUUUCCCCAUCUAGUGCCGGACCACACCGGAUGCGCCAGGCUGGGUUGGAGCCGGGAGUGGACCCUCCCUUAGGUGCGGGUGGAACUGACACGGGGGCAGAAGCAAUGGUCUCUAGUUCGGAGAAGGAUGAGGUCCCAGCCCAUAUACAGAC